CGAACAACGGAACGGGAAGGUCGCGAUUCGUGGUGUCCGGAGAUCGCUCCUGGUUUUUACGUAAAAAUAGUAUAUCGUUAAGUUUGAUGCUUGCAAGUCCGAUAGUUGGUGUCAGUACUAUUUCCGGGGAUUUAACCGCAAAUUCCAGUUCCAGUGAAUACCGUCACGGGAGUGUAAAUAUGGUUUAUCAAACACGAGGGGUAAAACAAGUGAUCGAAUCAAAGUGUUAAAACCUGUCACGUGCUAGGUCUACCGGAACCACGUGACGAACGAGGUGUGGUGCGGUUUCGGUUAUCCUUCCCUUCCUACCGCUCCCUGCGGAUUACUUCAUCGUCUAAAUCGUGCUCAUUGUUGUGGUAGCGAGCGUAGCGCACCGUACCGUAAGGAUCGGUCUCUGCCAAUCCUCUUCCUCCCAGUGAUAUCCAAGGAAGCGUAAGAAAAAGAAGAAGAAGCAGAAAUCUCAUCCUGCGUCUCAAACUCAAAGUGAGGGGGGGAAAAUCCGAGUGCGUGAUUCUUAUCUUUUAGCCGUUUUUAUGGUUAAAAAAACAUAACGAACCAGACACGCCGGAACGCUAGCCAGCGGGGUGGAAGGUGCGGUGUGUGGACCGGAAUCCUCCCUCCUGAUACACCUCGAACACUGCUGCUACACCAUGGCCAAAGCUUUCUUCCUCCUCGAACAUUCGCACGCUAGAAAGACGCGCUUGCCAAGCCACCACACAGCAUAAGCCUGUUCUAAGUCCGUCACCAUCUUCGUAAUUCACGCCAGGUUGACGCGAUCUAGCAUUGGCGGUGCUAAAAUUAAACAGCGCGAUCGUAGAUCGUAAUCCUCUCUCUUAAGGAAGACAUCGAACCGCGUCCAUCGAAGUGGUCCCGGUUAUGCAUAACUGUCUCGGCUGUCGGUGGCAAAAUUGCAAACCGAAGAGUUUCCGCGGUCCCGAGAACACCUCCAAGGGGACCUCCAAGAAGAAGAUUAGGCAAGUAGCCGAACCCUACCGAGUGACUCACAUCCAGCGUGCAUGUGCAUCCCUGGGCUGUGCUUGUGUUUGAGCAUCGCACGUACACAACAACACGCACAUAGUCAUCCAGUUCUGAAGCACAAACCAGUAAAGCAGUGUGUCCCCGCCCCGUUUGUGACGUCCGAGGCAGGUCUUUUGGAUUCAGUUUUGUGCAUGCUCGCCAGCUCAUUCGCCUGCCAAGUGCAUGCCAUCAAGUAGUGUAUCCCGUGUGCUGUGUGAUUGUGUGUGUUUGAGAGUGUCCCCCCCUACCCCCACAUUCCCUGGAAACUAAACUGAUUCCCUGAGGCCGAUCGGUGGCUCGUCGCGACACGACCUUUACAGGGCCGUUUCCAUUCUUCCAUUACUCAUCAUCAUCGCGCGAGUUCUGGCGAAUAGAAUCGAAAGACGACAAGGUGUUAGCUACUCCAGCAUUGAUAAAAAAAACUCCUCAAUACUAAAACCGUAAAAUCGGCUCCAUCGAACGUGGAGAUCCACCGAGAACUCCAAGCAGCGCCUCACGAUGGUACUGUGUGACAGUGAUUUAGAUUCCGCGGGUAUCUUGCAGAAGUGGAGCAAGCUGCGCCGCCGCUGCGCAUCGUUCAAGUCAGUCUCCGGUCCGGCAUCGCUCGAUUCGGACACCAACUUCAUCUUGGGCGAGCAACCGCCAGGCCACUAUCAGAUCAUCAGUACGGCCAACGGGUCCCCGAUACCGCCCCAGCAUUACCACCAUCACCACCAUCACCUACAGCAGAAGCAGCAGCAGCAGCAACAGCCACAACUUGGUGGUCAUCAUCCCUCGAAGCUGCAUCAUCUGCAGCAGCAACAGCAGCAGCAGCCGCAUCAUCUGCUACACCACGGGCACCAUCAGCAUCUGCAGAUUCACGCUACGCCACGGCCACACCCAGCGCACCACCUACACCACCACCAGCACCAUCAUCAUCCUUCGCAUCAUCUUCAUCCUCAUCAUCUUCACCAUUUGCAUCAUCUGCACCAGGGAGCGGCGAACCUGCAUCGCCAUCCGCUAAUCGACUAUCCGCUACCGGUCACCACUAGCGGUCUCGGAAGGCGGGUCGGCAGUGGCAACCGCGGCAACUGGGAACUACGCCACUCGACCUCGUCUUCCACAUCGGCAUCGUCUUCCUCGACUAUUGGGCCACCACCACCACCACCAGCACCAACGGACGCCUGCGACGACGACGACGACGUCGAGGAAGAGGAGGAAGCGGCUACCGCCGACUACUGGCAGCACCAUCCGUUGGCCGAACCGUGCGAUGUUAAACUGUGGCGCCUAGGGGCACACCAAACGUACGCCCAUCGGAUACACGUGAAUCCGGUCCAGCGGCGCAGCGCACACAGCAUCGACUGGGAGUACAACGUGCAGCGGUACGAGAGCAUGUGCGACAGCAGCAAUCGAUCCCAACCGCAACCACCACCACCACCACCACCGGGGGCGGCUCGUAUCUUCCGCACCGAGAAGCUCCAGUACUACGACGAGCUGGCAGACC